AUGUCCAACUCCACAACACUUUUUACAUAUGAACUCAAUGACUUUACUGCGUGGGAUUCUGCCAAUGUCUUGGAGUAUGCUACAUCUCGAUUUGCCGUGAUCUGGCUUGUAUGUGACCAGAGCCAUGUGCCUCAGACGCCGGCUUACAAAGCCAGCUUUGUCCAGCACCUUCAAUGGGAGGCAGAUCGUUUUGCUUUUCCUUAUAUCAACUUAUGUCUGGUGAUGAACAUUCAUCCGACCAUGCCCGACCUCCUCCACCUCGUCAUUGCCUGCUUCACCUGCUUCCAAACCGGCACCAUCAAUGCUGAGGAACUGCAUGACAAAUUCUUCGAGUGCUGCUCUCCCAAUGACCAAGAACUAUGGUCCAAUCAUCGAGUCAUUCACAAUUAUUCCCAUCAUUGGUGGAAGGAUCACUUUGACAGGUUGGGGUUCGAGCUCCCGAUGUUGACCAUUCAGGAGGUCAUGGAGAUGACCCGAGAGCACUUUGAACAACUGCCAAUCGGAGCCAUGCUCAUGCCAGGUCCCGCUGUGACCGGUCAGGUGGACAGUGAUGCCCUCUUCAAUCAAAUUGUGGUGGUGAGGGCCCAUCUCCGACACCUCAGCGAAGCGAUGGCCUCCUUGCUGGAGCAGAAGACCCAGAUUGCUGCAGUGGCUGCCUCCACCAUAUCCCAACUUGAGGUGCCGAUUGAUGAGGUGGAGCAGGCACUCAUUAAUUCCCAUAGGCGAUUUCAUGCAGAGCAGUGA